AUGCAUGGCUGUCCUCUGCUGAAGGCGCUGCGGCAGCAGCUGGUGGUGCUGCUGCUAGAAGCUGAGAGCGGUUGCUGCUGCAGGGCAGCAACCGCAUUAAUUCACGUUGUAGCGCAUGCAGGACGAGGCUGCGCUGUAGAGGCGCAGCAGCAGUUCGUCAGCAGCAGCAGCAGCAACCUUAGGCAGCAGCAACCUUAUCGGCCUCCUCAGCGGCAAGAAGCACCGCAGUUUCAUCAGCAUCAUCGUCAUUAUUAUCAUAAUCAGCAGCAGCAACACCAGCAACAACAACAGCAGCAGCAGCAGCAACAGCAGCAGCAGCAACAGCAGCAGCAGCAGCAACAGCAGCAGCAGCAGCAGCAGCAGCAGCAGGAGGCGGAGUGUAUAAUCAUCUCGAACCCUAAAAGCAGCAAUUAUAUAUGCAGCAAGGGUUUGAAGCAGCGGGAAACAGCAGCAGAUACAGAUGACGUUCUUAAUAAUAAUCCUAGGCUGCUGCAGCCAGAAGAGAGAAGACGAUUAGAAGCAAACCCUCUUGCUUUAAAAGAGCAUCAGCUGCUGCUGCGCCGUCAAAGGGGUUUGCUGCUGCAGCAGCAGGAGGAGCAGCAACUUGCUGCUGAGGAGACACCUCAACAACGUAAGCUUCAUGAAGCUGUCAGCAGCGCAAGAGCUGCUACUGCUGCGCUGCUGCAGCAACAGCAGCAGCAGGCAGAUGAUUAUGCAGCAAACCGGCGCAUGCGGGAGCAGCUUCACCAGCGCAAGCGCGCAGCAGCAGCAGCAGCGGCAGCAGCAGCAUCCCCCGUCGCUGCUGCAGCAGCAGCAGCAGCUGCUGCUGCUGCUACAGGAGACACAUUACAGGAAACAGAAGAGCUGCAAGGAGUUCAAUUUAAAAGGAAGAAAACAAGAAUAGACAAACUAACAUUAAAAGUCGCAGAGGUCGGCUGCGGGAUUCUCGAUUGGCUGAGGGCAGCGCAUGCAGUUGUUUGCUGCUGGGUGUUGCUGCUGCAGCAAACCUGCAGCAACGCGGCAUGGAGAGAAUAUUUCGCCAACGAUAAGGACGCGCAGCAGCGGCUGCUGCAGCUGCUGCUGCACCUGCUGCACCGCUUGGGUGUUGCUGCUGCUGCUACUGCAUGCACAGACGAAGGCGGCGUCUCUUCUCUGGACUGCAGCAGCAGCAGCAACAACAACAACACCAACACCAACAACGCCACCAGCGGCAGCAGGGCCAGCAUCAAAAGCAGCAGCAGCAGCAGCAGCAGCAGCAGCAGCAGCAGCAGCGUUGCACUGGUUGAAGCAGCAGCUAUAUUGAGCGUCUUUGUGCGUCUGCUGCGGAACAUCUGUCUGUCUCCUCUUUUUUUGAAGACCCUCAUUGAGGGCGGCUAUUUACAACAACUCCUCUCAGAGGCCCACGUUGUGGAGGUCUGCAGCAUCGCCUCUCAUCUGCUAGACAGACCUGCAGCAGCAACAGCAAUAGACGCAGCAGCAGCAGCAGCAGAAUCAGCAGCAGCAACAGCAACAGAUGCCCCAGCAGCGACAACAGCCGCAGUAUCGGCAGCAGCACCAGAUGCAGCAGCAGCAGCAGCAGCAGCAGGAUAUGCUUCCUGGUUUGAUCUGCCGUUCCUUUGUGCGGAGGCGCUGCUGCUGCCCAAAGGGCUGCUGCAGCUGCUUGGGAACGCUGCUGCAGCAGCACAAUCUCCUGCUGCUGCUGUCAGCUCCGGUGCUACACAGCAGCAGCAGCAACAGCAGCAACAGCAGCAACAGCAGCAGCAGCAGCAGAUAUGGAAUGCUGUUGGGAGGUUGAGGCUUUUGGAGCUGACCUUGUGCUCUGCAUCGUGUGAGCCCUCCUUUGCCUUUCUGUAUAUUCUCUUUUGCUGCAACAACCAGACACCGAAGAUAUCCACGGAAGAACCCUUUCUAGAGCUGUUGGCGGCGUUGUUUUCUAUGGCUUUGCAAGAGGCUCUAGAAGAGAGCCCUGAAGACAAAGGCGAGCAGCGGAGCAUCAAAGGAGACAGCGGAGAAUGGGUGUCUCUUCUUUGCUGCGGCCUCAUCAGCAGCAGCAAUGCAGCCCCCUUUGCUAAACUGCUUCACUUUGCAUUGCAUACAAUGACCGUGGAUGUGUUUGAGUUGCUGUCUCUAGCGCUGCUAAACCCUUACCAACAGAAGCAGCAAAAAGAGAGAGCAGCAGGUGUCUCUCACCGCUUCUCCUUCCUGCUGCAGCAGCUGCAGCAGAAGCUGGCAGCAGCAGCAAAGGGGCCCCUAGCCCUUUACCUCCUCCGCAUAUCCACGGCCCUACUGAAAGAUGACAGCAAAAACCCGAAGGCUCCAAGAUCGCUUUACAAGGCAGUCGGCACCUCAUCCCCCAUCUUAGAGUUCAUUCAAAGGCAGCUGGAGGCCGCGAUAAGCGGCAUCAGGCAGCUGCACGAGGCCCAGCGAGUCUACUUUGCCGCAGCAGCAGCAGCAGCAGGACCAGAAGCACCAGCAACAGCAGCAGGAGCAGCAGCAGCAGCAGCAACAGCAGCUGACGAGGAUGGAUUUUUUCGGUAUGUGUGCGCUAUUUCACAGCAAAACAAAGAAAGAGAGGCUGCGAUUCCGGGGCCGCAGCAGCAACAGCAGCAGCAGCAGCAGCUGCUGCUGCUGCAGCAGGGAGAGCAGCAACAGCAACAAUUUGACCUUCUUUACUUCUCGCUAGGCGACUCUUCAUCGCUUUCUUCUAUGCAGGAUUUGAAAGAGGAAGCACUCCGCAUGCCGCCCCCCGGCAUCAGCAGCAGCAAUAGGGACAGCAACAGCAGCAGCAGCAGCAGCAGCAGCAGCAGCAGCAGCAUCUGCAGCUGGAACCGCAGCAGUCGUCAGGUUGCGGGUUCAGCUGAAGGAAUCCCUAAGUUUAUGGUAGUCAGUGAGACGCUGCAGCACAUCUUUACCUUUUUCUCUUUUGUUGCAGAGGCCGUGCAGAUUUUCAGUGCCAGCCACCCAGCAGCAGCAGCAACAACAACAACAACAGCAACAGCAACAGCAGCAGGAACGGAAGAAGAGAGGAAAGCAGACGCCGAAUUCAGAGAGCAGCAAAAGCUUCUGGCUCUGACGCUGCUGCAGCUGCUGCGGCUUUAUCAGCAGCAGAUGGUGCUCGCUCUGUUGGCAGCAAAACAAAGAGAAGGACCAAGUAUAGACUUGCAGCAGCUGCAGCAGCAGCAGCAGCAGCUUCCCGAGGGAGCACCCCAGCCCCAGCCAGGAGACGAGCAGGUGUGGCAGUUGGUGCGUUGGAGUGUAUGCACACCUCCUUUGCUGCGUUCCCUGGCUAAUCUUUGUGCUGCAUCUGAGGCAACAAAGCAGGCAGUCAUUGAGGCGGACGCCGUGCCGCUGCUUCUUACCUUCAAAGGCUUUGAUAGUACUUCUCCUUUCGCUCGCGAAGCAGCAACAUUUGUGCGUUGGUUUUACCUGUCAGAAGCUGGAUAG